AUGCCUCCAGGUUUAACCUAUCCGAGUUUAAAAUGCGUUUUCGAGUUUCUGGAAGCGAAUAAAAGGUUAUUAGAGUCACUGUUCGUGGGAAGAAGAGUGAUUAUCGUGCAGAAACUUGUGACUGGACGGCUGCUGCCACUAUCUAGAAAACUCGAAUUGAAAUUUAAUGUUCUGGAAAUGGAGUCUGAUGGAUAUCAUUUGAAAGACUUUGUUCCACUUAUUGAACCUACAAGUUUUCCACUCAAGAAGUUGACUCAAAAACCGUUUUCGCCCAUUUUUUUCGAACAGCCUGAAGUCCGAACUGCCAAUCAUCUAGUUAUCAAUAACUUUUAUAAUUCCUUCGAUUCUAUUAAUAUUCUGAAAUCUCUAAACUGCAAAUAUGUAGAGAUUAAAGAUCUACUUUUCAACGAAAAUUAUGUUUUGGAUACAAUUCAAAUGUUGUUGGAAAAUCAUCGAGACGUUGAGACAUGCUAUAUGAUAGACACGGGUAAAUAUACAAGUGAAUAUACAAGAAACUUAAUAGAAAGAAUCAAGGAACGAUUCAAUGGAACUUAUGUGAAUUUUAUGGAUGCUGACAAACGAUCUACACUCACUUCUCACUAUUUCUCUAUUCCUAUAAACUCUAGAACUGAACUCGCUGUCUACAGAAACGAGUCACUCAAGGAACGCCAAGAAAUUGUUAUAAUGGAAGUGAUUCUGACUGGAAAUUCUCCCAAAAUUUUCCGUCUAGAUCAAUCGAAAUCUUAUGAAUCUUUUGAAAAGAAAUAUUCCGACGACGACAGAAACAACAGAACAGAAGAUGACAGAUCGCCAAACAGGGAGUCGAACCAAUCUCCUCUUGGCAAAUCAGCAUUUGAAAAGUUCAAAAUGCCAAUAAUUUCUCUUCCAAUCACGACUAUUUUGAUUGUUGCUCUGUUUGCGUGGUUCUUUUUCUUCUAA